AGUGCUUGACUCAUUUAGAUGGGUGUUGUACGUAAAUUAAAGUGGAGGAUUCUUCACCUUUCAUUAAUAUUUGAAGUAUUGGUGACAAAUUCUAGAAAUAACAUAUUCAUCCAUAGUUUGGUACAUUAGGCAGGAAAAACCAAGCUCAAAACCCAACUGCCCAAGCCAUCUUCUCCAAAAUGAUAGUUAUCCAUAUUCAGGCAACCCAACUCAUGCUUUUUUACAACCCAAUGUAGCAGCAAAGCCAUCAAAAAUGAGUUCAACGUCCUUGAUAUCAUUCUCUCUUCCAUCUUAUGCCCUGGUUCUUAUACUUUUUUUGGCUCUCUUCUUCCCGCAGCCUCUUGAAUCCUCUUCAGAUUACGCCACCUUAGUAUACAAGGAUUGCGCAAGCCAGACAUUCACAGACCCAACUAAGUCACAAUCACAAGCCCUUUCCCUUUCCUCUCUUUUCCAAGACCUCCUCGCGCACUCCUCUCAAUCAAAGUUCUUCAAAGCCGUUGAAGGCGAAAGCGAGACGGCCAUUUCCGGUUUCUUUCAGUGCAGGGGGGAUAUCAGUGGUGAAGAGUGUUACAGCUGCGUUAACGAACUUUCUCAAAUGUCAAACACCUUGUGCAGCCAAGCAAUGGCAGCCCGGGUUCAGCUUUAUGGGUGUUACACAUACUAUGAAGCCGAUGGUUUUCAUGAAACCAGCACUUCCGAAGCAAACUUGCACUACAAGACUUGUGGGGAGUCUAAGGCGGUGGUCGAUGGAUUUGCAAAGCUCCGGGACACGGCGUUUGCCACUCUGAUCAACGGUGUCGUGCACAAUAACGGGUUCUAUGCAACUAGUUAUGACUCGGUGCAGAUGAUGGCACAGUGCGAGGGUGAUUUAGGAGGUUGUGAGUGUGGGGAAUGCGUGAGCAGCGCAGAGCAAAUAGCCCAGGAAGAAUGUGGGGAAUCAGUUUCGGGUGAAAUCUAUUUGGACAAGUGCUUUAUAAGCUAUACCUUCUACCCAGACGGGAAACCAAUCAAUCCACACCCAGAGAAUGGUCAGAGAGGCAACAACAAUAGCAAUGGGAAAGCAGCAGCAAUUGUUGUGGGAGGGGCAGCAGCUUUAUUUCUUGGGUUUAUUUUCUUGUUGCUUAUCAGAUCGUGGGGGAAGAAAGAGGAUGAUUAAAGUAUAUAUAGAUCAUCGAUCACAGAUUCUUAGUUUUUCUCCAUCCUUGUCUCUGUUAUGUUAUUUGGUAGUAAAAUGCAGCAGUUAUUCUGCAAGCUAGGGCUAUAUACUCUUAUUUGGGAGCACGUAUUAUAUGAUGCAGGUUAUACUCUUA